UUUAUCACGUGGUAUUCUGUAAGCCCUCCCACUCAAUUUUUCCCCGCUCGAAUCUGUAAAGUAAAAUACCAACACUUCCCUUUGUUCUUAGCCCUUAUCCUUAUGUUAAGAUUACGAUAAACUCCAUUUUACCUCUAAUCCUUCUCUAAUUUUUAUUCUUCUCCAUAAAAUCAAAAUCAAAAUUGAAACUCUUCCAAAUGAAUUCAGCAUAUUACGUUUUUCCCUAAUCUUCAAUAUCAAUCAUUUUCUUCCUCUCUUUUUCUCCUGCUUCCAACGACCUUAAUGGUGUAACCUCCACCCAGGUAUACUAGGGCUUUAGUUAAAUUGUGAUUACUCCCUCAUCAGUGGUCAAGAGGACGCCUAUAUGCCCUUGGACGCAACAAUUUCUGUUCGGGUAAACGCACCAUAUGGAAACAAUCUCCACCACAAAGAGAACAUGAUUCAUGGUCAAUUUGCAUUUACAACUAACGAAUCAAGCAACUACUUUGCAUGUUUUUGGGUAGAUGGUCAUCAUCAAGGUACUAAGGGUCUAAUUGUUAGUCUUGACUGGCGAAUUGAUAUUGUUGCAAAAGAUUGGGAGUCUGUUGCAAAGAGAGAAAAGAUUGAUGUUAAUGUCGCAUUGAAACUUGCAUAUUCGAUAAGCUUCAUAAAUUUGCCACUUUUAAGAGGGAUGACAGUUUGGGCAUAAAAACAAUGAAUAAGAGUCGGGGUUGGAUACGACCUAAAAUAUCCAACACAUGUUGGUGGGAAAUGCAGGUUGCUACUUGGUGUCACUCACUUGCACCGGAGAUGAUGUUAUUGAAAAGAACUCUGUUUUUAUCGACACUUCAAUUUAUUUAUAAAUUUUGCAAAUAUAUUUAAUUUGUCAGGUUAAUAUCAAUAUAACACGUUCGCAAUUUAUAACCAACUUUUUUGUAGCAUUUUUUAAUCAUUUUUUUGCAAAUCACACUUCAUCCAUCCUAUUAAUUUAUUUAUUUAUAAUUACGUAUUGUAUUUUCUUUAUAUUAAUUACAUUACAUACAUGUUCUGUUUGUAU